AGAGUAUAUAAGGUGGCCUGGAAGAGGGUGAAGGGACACACCUCGACUUCCUCUGCUUUUUCACUCGCCUUAGAGAAGCACAAGCUUGAUCAGUAAAAAUGGCCUUUGCUGGAGUGCUGGCUGAUGCUGAUGUGAACGCAGCUAUUGCUGCCUGCGAGGCUCCUGACUCCUUCAACUACAAGACCUUCUUCGCCAAGGUUGGUCUGUCCGCCAAGUCUGCCGAUGAUGUCAAGAAGGCUUUCGGCAUCAUUGACCAGGACAACAGUGGCUUUAUUGAGGAGGAUGAGCUGAAGCUGUUCCUGCAGAACUUCAAGAGCGGUGCCAGGGCACUGACCGACAAAGAAACCAAGACCUUCCUUGCUGCUGGUGACAGUGAUGGUGACGGCAAGAUCGGAGCUGAGGAGUUCGCUGCUCUUGUAAAGGCUUAAAUUUCCAUCUGACCAAGACCCUUCUCUGUUCACGGAACCAGAACUCAUGCUACUGCUCAUCUGACCUAAGAUCAUAUUUUUUAUAUCUUAUUUAUGAACUGACUUCUACUUGAAAUUGUCCUUAAAGUGUAUUGUUAACAUUAUCUGGACAUGUUGGCUUGUGCAAAUCUGAUGUACUUCUGGGGAAGAGUGAAAAACAAGGAAUAAAUGUAAUUGGUGUAACUUCUUUAA